ACGUAGUUAGCUGUCAGCGUACUUCAGUGGAGAUAUUCACCCGAUUGCGAUAUUCGUGCGCCUCGCUGACGCUGUACAAUCGUACACUGUCCUUGCUUGCUGGAAGAGGAUUCUGAUAUUUUCCAGGGUAAUUAGCAUUCCAGAAUCAUUCUGACUGUCUACACAGGAGUAAAUACGCACGAGACAGACGCAUGCCUAUGGACCGCAGAUAUUGCCGUGGUGUAUGCGCUCUCGGUGUCUCAUUUGUUUUGUAGUUAACGUUAGAUACAGCAGCGUUUGAAACACACAUUAAAAUGGCCACAGACGAGCUGUCGUCAAAGCUCAGCCGUCGGCUGCAGAUAGAAGACGGUGCCGAGGAACCGGUGGCCGUUGAUGAGGGUGGUCAGGGACAUGAAAAUGGAGCGGGUGAGGAGAAGGCAGCCACAGCGAACGCAGACUCUGAGUUGGGCGCUAAACUCAUGCGGCGGGGGGAGUUGAACGACGGAGUGGGUGAACACCAUCAGCCGAGCAUGAAGGUCUUCAACCCCUACACUGAGUUCAAGGAAUUCUCCAGGAAACAAAUCAAAGAUAUGGAGAAAAUGUUCAAACAGUAUGACGCGGGGAAGGACGGCUUCAUAGACCUGAUGGAGCUGAAGCUAAUGAUGGAGAAGCUGGGGGCACCACAGACCCACCUGGGCCUGAAGAACAUGAUUAAGGAGGUGGACGAGGACCUGGACAACAAGCUGAGCUUCAGAGAGUUCCUCCUGAUCUUCAGGAAGUCGGCAGCAGGGGAACUAGCAGAGGACAGCGGUCUCAGUGUUCUGGCUCGGCUAUCAGAGAUUGACGUGUCCACUGAGGGAGUGAAGGGAGCCAAGACCUUCUUUGAAGCCAAAGUGGCGGCCGUCAACGCGGGCAGCCAAUUCGAGGCGGAGAUCCGGCAGGAGCAGGAGGAGAAGAAGAAGCAGGCGGAGGAGAAGAAGCAGAGGCAAGCCGCCUUCAAGAACCUCCAGUCGGCCUUCAAAUGACCACCUCUUCCUCAGCCCCUACUGUCCCACCUACACUGUCCGUCUCUCUGUCUGUCCCUUUAUCAGUGUCCCGGUGAUUUUUCUGCCUCCAUUUUGAAAUGUGGUCAUCAUAUGCAAGGCGCUGGUAGUCUGUCCAGGGUUAGUCCCUGUCCCUGAGAGAGGAGCUGUUCUAUUCUGCUGAUUCCCCGUUUGAUUUGACCUGACAAGUAACUAAAGAACUACACAUUCAGGGUUGUGCAGAGACCGUUUUACUGUUCUUGUCAUGUUGGGUAGACAAAUAUUCCUUUGCUCCUCUCUAAGUCCGGCACUGAUUUUAGGCCAUAGCCAUGCCCGAAAUGAAGAUGCAAUGGAUUGGAUACAUGAUGAGAAUAGAUCUGUGAUGCAAUGUCUCUCCUGUAGAUUAUGCGGUUAUGUGCCACUAGCUUAGGUCUGGAUUUUAGCUCUGUGUUUUCUGUAGUGACUGAGGGAACGUGAAUAAAAAUAGAAAUGCAUUUUUAGUGAUGUGAACAAUUAGGAUUGCAUUUUAACCAAACAUUAUUUACUUACAUUGAUUCCAGUGAAUCGGAAUUGUGAGCGUGUGUUCUGAAGAGGUCUUAUCCAAUCCAUUGUGUUACUUGGUACCAGUGACGAUUUCGAGCUACACAUGUCAUUUCCUGUAGGAAGUCUUCUCAAAGACACAAGGGUUUGACCUACGGUGUGAGAGAAUCUGUGCACACUUAAUUCCAGACCUUCAAUCACAUUCUAGAAGAGUAGAUCGGGGGGGCAGGGAAGGCAAAUGGUGGCGGAGAACCUUUCUUCCAUUUACCUGGUCCUGGGGUACCCCUGUGUAUGUUUGUUCAUUCUUCUGUUUACCUGGUCCUGGGGUACCCCUGUGUAUGUUUGUUCAUUCUUCUGUUUAGCCUGGUUUUUGAGGACAAUUGACAGUUAGAUUUCUUGCAAAACCAACACAUACAGGGCUCCUAGAGGACUUGGGGUUCUGUAACAAUGGUCGACCACUCGCCCCUGCUUGGUUUUACUGCAUGAGCCUUGCUUGUGACUAGUCAGUAUCCAACAAUCCCAUAUUGUCAAAGCUUUGCUUAUGGCUUGAAACUAAGUAAAUUUAUGCACUUGAUAUCAAAUAAAUGUUUGCUCAAAGCAACAAGCUGUCAACUAGACACCAACCCUUUGAGCACAUGGCAAUACUCUGAGGUGAAAAUAUGCUGUCUGUAGUGAUCUAUAGGUCACCUUUGACCUAUAGACUGAGGUUGCAUUAUAAAGUGUGUGGCAUUCUAAUGCUCUGUAGCAUAGUAAAUGGCUACCUAUUAUCGUUUUGGAACAUAGUUUGAGAUAUGCAAUCAAUUUGGCCUUUUCAAAGGGUUGACUUACAGAGCUUUGAUAUGCUUAAAUUAAACCUUGUUUAAUGCAAACGCAGCUGUAGCUUUAUUAAACAGACUAAAUUCUAAUCAUUUAUUAAUCGAUUUAUUGGACAGGGGUAGAAAGUAGUCUGUUUGGUCAUAUCAUUCAUGUACCCUUCCAGGAAAUGUAAUGCAUUUAACUCAACCUAGCUACUUUAAAAAGGACCAGAAUGGGAGUUUAACAUAAAAUGAGGGAAAUGGUUGUAAGUUUUCAGCAUAAGUUUGCGAGCUUCCAACGUAGUGUUAUUAAAGGGUAUCAACGGGUGAUAUCUGGCAGCACACCACAGUACAACUGAGAGGUUGUAUGUAAAGAAUACAAUAUUUUUUCAUGACAAUAUACAUAAAAAUAAAAAAAUGCUUUUAGUUUUGUAUGGUGAGGGGUUCUGUGAAAUGUUCUGCAUUAUGGGUGUUGUACACAAGCGGGUCUCCUAGUUAAAAUAAAUAAAUACAUGUGUUCACUGGUUACUACACUUCCUGGUGAUGGGAGAUUGGCCAGUUGUAAUUCUGUGAGUGAUUUUAAGAAGAGGUUUAUUUUCCGAUGUGGAGACUAGUUUGUGAACAGUGAUUCUGUGUCAAAUGUCAAUAGUGAAAACCUGUAGGUUUCUUCCACAGUCCAUUUGGACAUGCAGGUUUGUCCAUGCUCUGUGUCCUAUUUUGUCCUGUGAAAACUAGACUACAGAUGUGAUUCCAUGAUGCAUUCUCACACUACGUCACUCCUCUCAUAUUCGGAUGUACCUUCACCCUGUUCUGACGACGUGAGAGUGGGGUGCAAUAAGCCUGGUCCCAGAUCAGCAUAAAUUUGUUAACCUUCACAAUAGGAGUUGGCUAAUACACUUUAAACAGUUCUGGGACCAGGCCAGGGUGCAGUGUCAGCGAGCAGAGAUUGGGUGUGUGCGAACGAACACAGUGAAGUCCACACUUGUUUCUGUAAUUUUCUCUUGUCAUUCCUCUUGAUUUCUUCUGUCUUCAUCAUUACCAGGGGAAAUUGUGCCAAAUGUUUUUUGUUGUCAACCUACCAUUUCACUGUUGUCUUUAACACUUGAGAAAUCAUUCUAUUGACCAUGUCAUUUUAGAUUUAGCGUGAUGAACUGGUGAUGGGUACACUAUGGUAAAUUAAUGCUACAAUGUACCAUACGUUAGCUCCUCUCUUUUGGGCUGUAAUGAUAAUACAGCAGGAGUGAUGUAACCGUAGGACUGGGAAACAUCCACUUGCUUCUGUGUCUCUGACUUUAAAUGUCAGUCUUCAAUGGCUUCAUGUUAAGACCCAGCCUCUGUUUGAAAAGUUAUCAUUAUUGGUUUAAGCGGACAAAAGUUGGAGUAGUUUGGCUAUUUGAAUAUUUUUCAGCAGGUUUUUGUCUGUCGCUUUGAUCUGUUCUACUUUUUUCAAGGUUCCAUUUUUCCUGAUCCUUUGUUUGUAAUUUUACUUGCAAGCAUCCUCAAAAUUUGUCUGUUUUACGUUGUGAUGAAAGUUAUUGAAUUGUCUUGUAGGCUGAUAAAAUGUGGCUAUUCUAUAAUACACCUUUUUAUUUUAGAUUUUCUUACUAAAAUGUAUGAUUAUUCUUGUGGCAAUAAAAAAAUAAAAAUAAACAAUUUGAAACUUG